GCAUCAACUAUACGUUAAAAAUGCUUCCGCAAACUGUAUGAUGAAGUCAGGUCAUCACGAAAUGACGAGAAUUCGUCGCCGCAAAUUCGCCAUUAUAAAUAGUGUAUUUUCUUUAUCAAGUUUGUAAUUUUCAGGUCCAUUAAGUUUCCAUGUGAAUAGAGCGAAGAUUUUUUCGUAUGAAUCCACCGAAAGAUCUAUCCUUCGGAGCGGCGGAAGAGGAAAGCACCCGUCAAGUCAGCUCAAGAAGCCCUGCUACCAGUCCAGAUGAUAUGAAGCGUGCUGCCGUACAGAAGCGCAUUGAGCAAUAUUUCUACCAGCUCAUCGAUGGCUGUGGUAACAAGCAAUGCUCUAAUGAGCACUGCGCCUCCAACAAGAACACAAAGCCACUUAGCCACAAUGAGGCAGCCAUUAAGGCAGUGGCUCUCUGUAAGGCUAAGGCUCUACUCUGCUGCCAAGCUAAUGAGAAGAAUGCCAAGCAGGCCAAGACGACUCAUGCAGAGAGAAAAGACGCCAGCGAUGACGUGCCCACGAGUAGUCAGGCAGCAGGAUUGGGAGCAGUAAACCAACUGACUGAUUCACCCAGUGAUGAUGCAUCCACAAGCAACCAGACACCUAAGGGGCAGAGGGGUACCACACUUGAGUCUGCCAGUGAGGAGGCUUCGACUACCACCCAAUCUUCACCAGUGGGUAUGGAUACAUCACUGAACACAUCUCCAACAAGUGACACAGCAUCAACAAGUUAUCAGACACCCAAGACCAGCACAGCUCCUGAAAUAAAUGGUGCACCCAUAAAAAAGGGCAAGCCAGAACAACAAGCACCCAAACAGCCCGACCACCUUUCUGAAAAGAAAAUGAUGUCCCUAAUUGACUCUUGCAAGGAAAAAGAGAACUUCUCUCCAUUGGUGCGUUUGAUUGGAGAGGUAUUUUCUAAUUGGAAGGUUCUCAACAAGAGCUUCUUAAAGCCCCCCUUUAAGGUGAAGACCCCAGACCAGGACACGAUAGACCUUGGCAGACAGCUUUCAGAGAAGGAGCAGGAGAGGAUGAUAGAUGACAAGGAGAAGGAUGAAGAUGAAUCAGUUGCUUCUGGAAGCCAAGCCAAUAGGACUGGGGAGCUUAUGGUAGACAUAGAAGCAGUCCAACGUGUCUAUGCAGCUCUGGAAAAACUUGAUGAAGAGAGGGUGACAAAUGCGAUGCUGAAUGCCAUCAUUUCCCUAUCGCAAUUCCUUGAGGUGGAUGUCCGUUGGGUGCCGCAGUUUGAAACCAACCCGCGCUUUCUCAAUGUCUUUGUCAUCACCAUGGAGAAUCCAUCACUGCAGAGUCCCGAAUACCUGGAAGUGGCUUACCCAAGUUUUUGCAAAGCAGUUAGCCGUCUUCCUCUGUCUGCCCAGGCCACCCUUGCCCGUAUCUGGUCCAAAUUCCCGGCCAGCAACCUCAGAAAAAAACUGGAAAGCCUUCAACAGCUCAUCACGUGCAAAGUGCUGACUGAUCAUUUGGAGACACCUCGGAGAAGGGUGAACGAUGACGAGAGUAUCACAGGAGCCACAAAGUGCAUGAGAAUAAUCUUCUAUGCCAACAUCUUAGGGGGGAAAGUCGACAAGGCAAGGUCCAGCAGCACACAAGAGGAAGAAGAGAUGGAUUUGAGAGAACUCCUUGGGGCAGUUGGUAAUGACAACAAAGAUAAGAAGCUUCCUAAGGAGGAUCCUCUAGCUAAGGAGCUCUCCAUCUCGGUUCUUGACUCCACGGAGCCCCUCAUACCAUUUGAGGAAUUCUACAACGAGCCCCUUUGUGAUCAGAUGGAUGUUGGCGAGGACUUUGCACGAUACAAAAAAGAUGGCCUUGGACAGAGUGGACAGUUUUCAUUUCUGAACUAUCCCUUCAUCUUGACCGUUGCAACAAAGAACACGGGUCUCUACUAUGAUAACAGAGUGCGCAUGUACAAUGAGAGGAGGCUAACUGUUUUGAAUAGCCUUGUCCAAGGAGAGCAGUUUAAUCCUUACUUGAAACUGAAGGUCAAAAGAAGCACAGUGAUUGAUGAUGCACUAGUGAACCUUGAAAUCAUUGCCAUGGAGAACCCUUCCGACCUGAAGAAGCAGCUGUAUGUUGAGUUUGAGGGAGAGCAAGGAGUGGAUGAAGGAGGGGUCUCCAAGGAGUUCUUCCAGCUUGUCGUUGAGGACAUUUUCAACCCAGACAUUGGUAUGUUCACCUACAAUGAGGACACCAAGUACUACUGGUUCAAUCCAACAUCCUUUGAGAAUGAGCGUCAGUUCACAUUGAUUGGUAUCGUACUGGGUCUGGCCAUCUAUAACAACAUCAUCCUGGAUAUACAGUUCCCUAUGGUGGUCUACCGCAAGCUCCUAGGAAGACAGGCCACGUUUGACGACUUGAAGCCAAUCCAGCCUGUUCUGUACAACAGCUACAAAUCCUUGCUGGAGUUCAAGGGGAAUGUGGAGGAAAUCUUCAUGACAAACUUUGUCAUCAGCUAUAAGGAUGUCUUUGGCAGCACUGUCACCCAUAACCUGAUUGAGAAUGGAGAGAACACACCUGUCACCAAGGACAACAGACAGGAGUUUGUGAAUAAGUAUGUGGACUACAUUCUGAACAAGCUUCCAGAAAAGCAGUUCAAGGCUUUCAAGCGUGGCUUUGACAUGGUGACUGAUGAAUCACCUCUCAAGAUCUGGUUCCGACCUGAGGAAGUGGAGCUACUGGUCUGUGGAAGUAGGCACUUUGACUUUGAGGCACUAGAGGAGGCAACCGAAUAUGACAGUGGCUACACAAAGGAAUCCACCAUCAUCAAGGACUUCUGGGAGAUUGUACACAGAAUGUCAGCUGACAAGAAGAAGAAACUGCUGAUGUUCACCACUGGGAGUGACAGGGUACCAGUCGGUGGUCUGGCCAAGUUACGUCUCAUCAUUGCCAAGAAUGGACCAGAUUCAGACAGGUUGCCCACGUCUCACACCUGUUUCAAUGUCCUCCUGCUGCCAGAAUACAGCAGCAAAGAAAAGCUGGAAGAGAGACUACUGAAAGCCAUCACUCAUGCCAAGGGCUUUGGUAUGCUGUAAGGUUUGCUCCUUGUGAUCCCAUAAGGUAACCCAGACCGCCUUUCAGGUUUGUCCUGCUGAAUCAAUCAAAAUCCAACAAGGAAAAUAACAAGUCUGGAUCCAUCAAAAUUGAACCACUGUCUGUCUACACUGCUCAGAGCAACAACGUCUACAAUAAAUUGCCCAGAGAGUCAAUUAUUGCCUGUUCAUUGGACUUGAUUAUCAUAACUAUUCAUAUGAAAUUGUACGUGCUGGGCGGCACUUGACAAAUGCUAAGCAUGUUGGACUUACUAAUAAAUGGAUAAACACACCAUGUUCAUGUGAAGCCCUCUAGUGAUGAGGUACAAUUAAGGCUUGGAUGGGGCUUUUCAUGACUAAAACUGCAGUUUUGGCAAUUCAUAGGCUGCUAGGAAAUCCACAGCCACUGACAAAAAUACCUGAUUAAGAUAUGGCUUUGCUUCACAGUCUUGGGUGUGAUUGCAGUACAUACAGGACUCAAAUGUUGAAUGUUUACAAGCUGUAGUGUUUAUUUCUCUGUUAUUCAAGCAAGGAAUCGCAACAUUGUGCUCCGAUAAGCCUAGUAUUUAGCACAUAGGUGAAAUCAUCCUUUGUUAAAUCUUGAUAAAUUGGUAAUACUAUUGCAAACCCUGUACAUUUUACUUUCACUUACUGCCAGGUUUGAAUAAAUCCCCAGAGUAGACUGGACCAGAAAUAAAAUAGCAUGAAAUUGUUAACCAGAGCACUUAUCGUAGCAGUCCUCAAUAUAAUCAAUUUCACUUUCAACUAAACAGAGCAUAUUAAAACCAGGACACAACCUUUGUGUCGCAUUUUUGUUUUUAUAAAUGUGCUACAGAUUAAGUGCUACUGAAUGUUGCUGUCCUUUUUCCCAAACUUUUUUGUCAGCUUCCACCAAAACAUCAAUAUUGACCAAAAUACAUGCAAUACCUGCACGUCCUUUGUGUCCCAUGAUGUGAACAAGAAAUAAAACAGGAGAUUUUCUCAUAAUUGCUGCCAACAGACAUCUUUCAUUAACAAAGAAAGUUUGGUUAAUGAUAAAAAUCAUCUAUAGAAUGAAUAGAACUGUGUUCAAUCAAAACAUAUUUGCCAUCUCACACUGAUGGACAGGUAGUUCAGUUUACAGUAAACUAGCUUCGUUUUUUUGGGCCAUCACAUAAGGCUAACUGUACCCACAAAACAAAGCUUUGCCACUUUUUGUUGGAAAGCCUUCAGAGAUAACUUUAGGUUCAUUAUUUGAAGGAACUGAUUGAUGAAAGACUUGCACUGUGUUAUUGUAAGAAACAUGUAAAAUUUGUACUUCUUUAUUUGCAGAGAAUGUACAAAAAUAUAUAAGGUAUGUGUACGUUGUCUUACUCUAUGCCAACCAUAAUUAACCAGCAUUGCUUGAAAACUGGAAUGUUUUAUUUAUAAUUAAAAAUGUCAGAGAGAUAUUGUCUAAAAUUUCAAUGUAUGAAUAUAUAAUUUUUUUUCAAAUAACCAUGAUAACUGUUGAUAUUGGUGGCCAACUGUUUGCAAGGUAGUACAUAUACAGCGAUGUCUGAGCUGUUGAUUAUCCAUCCUGCUGCUGACCAAAAGGCUUGAUGAAAACUGUGAAGUGGACAUCAAUUCUUACCUUACCUCUUUAGCCAGCCCUCCUUGCUGCUUACUUUGAACCAGGUUUUGGACUGAGAAAUAAAUAUUGCAAGAUGAAUGAGUUGUAAGGACUUUACCGUCUGAAAUCAUUAGAAAUUGAAAAGAAAAAAGAAUAUUUUGUAGGGAAAUGAAAUGAAAGUGGAGAACUCUCUGAUCCCUCAUACGUGCAUAGAGCUUUGACUAUUGAUAGAUGGAGUGCCUACUGUGUACAGAUCAGAGAUCUUUCAGUUGAUCAAACAUCACUCAUUGGCUCACACCAAACAUGUACAAACUUUAAGAUAUUAAUAAAUUGUAAUGCAGGUAAUGGGUAAACCUUAUUUCUGCAAAUAUAGGUCUGUGAAUGGUUGCACAUUGAGAGGUUUGGUUUGUAGUGAAACUGACUUGGGAGACUGCCAUUCAACCUUUUUGCAGUAACUUAUUGUACCAGAACUGUGACCAGAGGGGAAGAAAUCAGAUUUGUGUAUUGUGACUGACUGGUUUACUUUUAUUAAAGCUCAAAAAUUGGCUAAGCCAAGCAGUAUCUUCUGCUUAAUAUUAUGUCAUGAACUGAGCUCCAGAUCCAUCUAAUUACUACAUGUAUAUGCCUUCAAACCCACACUGAGGAAUGUUACUUUGAAAUCGAGCUCUGUAUACAAGUUAUGUAACUGUUAAUACUACCCUCUCUUAUUUUGUGAUCAGACAUUUCAUCGAACAGUUUUCCUAAGUAAAGUGGCAAGGAUAUUUGUCAAGUUACAUUAAAUGU